AUGAACCAAUCCCAGCGUCCUAAGCGGACCAGCAACGCCUGCCAGCGAUGUCGCUCUAGAAAAGUCAAGUGCUCAGGAACUCAUCCGUGCGACAAGUGUCGCCAUCGUCGACAAAAUUGCGUCUUCGAAGAGGACCGCAAGAUCGUCGUUUCCGAAGAGCUGUUCCUAUCGUUGAAGCGGAGGGUUGAAGAGCUGGAGUGCUUGCCACCUUCACCAACCAGCAAGCGGCAUUGUGCGUUGAGGGAAGACACCGUCAAUGAAGCGGUUGAUGCAAAUGCAGAUCAGAAUCUCCAAGCGACAGUCUCAACUCCUCCCGAUGCCGACCGUUACGAUGACCGGUUUGCCUCCAAUCUUUUAGUCUCUCCAUCCACAUACGUCAAACAUACCGGGCGACAACAGCGGAAGUGGUUAUUCCUUGGGCCUACCUCAACUUGGUCCUUCAGCCGACGCAUCCUCAAUAUCGUUCAAGAGGGCAUAUACCCCGAUAGCCAGCGGCCAAUUCCUCUAGCGGUUGACGGCGAUGCGUACCAGAUAACAUGGCGCCAUGCUAGCUCUGAAGAGGCUCCCGAUACCAGCGGUCUGCCUUCGCUGGAACAUGCGCUAUAUAUGGUGAGCACGGUACAGUUUCACUUCAGCAAUAUGUAUCGGCUGUUCGACGAGGACGCCUUCCUCCGCCAUCUGUACGAAUUUUACCAGGAUGCUGCCAAAAAGGUGCAGGAAUCACGUCUGUGGUAUGUGCAGUUUCUGGUGAUCCUCGCUUUUGGGGAGGCGUUUCUGGCCCCGGUGCGGACGGUAUCCAACACUGCUGCGUGGACCAAAUAUUUUUCGAGGGCGAUGUCAUUGUUGCCGGAUAUCACAGGGCUGUGGCAGGAUCCGACUUUGGCCAUCGAGACUCUUGCCCUGAUUGCGCUUUACUUCUACUCGGUGGACAUGAGAGAUACGGCUUACUGUUAUAUCGGACAUUCUAUGCGAAUGGCUCUCGUGGAGGGGCUUCAUCGUGCUCAGCCUGUGGAGCAACUGGGACAGAAGCUGGUUACUCGAUGGAGCAAUAUCUGGUGGACGGUAUACAUACUGGAUCGCAAAUUCUCAUCGUUCAUGGGUUCCCCUUACUCGGUAAAUGACGAUGAUGUCACGACGGUUUUAUGGGAACCUCGGACAUGCUCGCAGAAUGAGGCAGUCUUGAGUCUUCACGUCAAGAUCUCGCAGGUGAUCGCUCGUGUGUUGAACACGAUAUAUAGUGCGGAUGGCACACUAGGUGGUCUCUUCCUGCGAAAGGUACGCUCCGUGCUACAGGAGAUGACUGAUCUUUCCCGCGAGCUUGACGAAGUAUUCUCCAACCAUUUCGCAAACUCAGUGGAUGCGCUUUCGGGCGUCACCACUCGUCUGACCCUGUCAUGCCACUUGUGUAUCAUUGUCACGACCAGACCUCUUGUACUUAGCCUUUUAUGGGAACGCCUCAGUUGCUAUGAAAAGGGCGUUGAGUUCCGCACUUUAUCCUCCCCUGUCCAAACUCUCCUCCAGGCAUGCAUUGACUCCGCUGUCAAAUCGCUGAAAAUUCUAUCUGCACUUCGAGAUCAGAACCUGCUCGAAACAUUCCUCCCCUUCGACCUAGAGAACCUAUUCUCAUCCUUCUUCGUGCUCUCCCUCAUCUCCGCCAUCUUACCCGACGCUUCCAUGGACCCGACCUACCGGGAAACAGGCUUCAGUCUCCUGAACGAGAUGAUCGAGCGCGGUAAUCGCGUCGCGCAACUCCGCAAGUCCGAGAUCGAGCUCCUGGAAGAACUCGUCCAGCCCCUGACUCAACGACACAGCACAUCACCAGCCACGGCAGAUCUGGCGAGCGGUCAUCUCGCCACGCCUGAAAGCCAGCAGCGUGUUCUGGGGCAGCUCGAGCAACUGACGGGGCCCAGUACCGGUGAAGUGGACAGUAUCCCGACCGUUCCGCCCGCCGAUGUGCCCGCAGAUCCGGAGGAUGAGCUGUCGCUGGACUGGCGGGGUCUUGGGUUAUCGUUGGAUUACAUGCUCUCUGCGACCGAUCAGCUGAAUACAAAUAACCUGGUGUUGGACGCGGAGCGCGAGGGGCUGCAGACGGACCUGUGGUUGUGGGAU